AUGGAUACAAGAUUAAUAUUGUUAGUGCUCAUAGCCUGCGUAUGUCAAAAUAUACCAGGUGCAUGGGCACUUUUGUGCAAAUGUGACAUGUGUCCCACCACAAAUUACACAUGUGAAACUGAGGGAUACUGUUUUACUGCUGUAAACUGGAAUAAUGGAAAAAUGAAAUACAUAUACAGAUGUUACGAUAGCGAUAUAGUUGAUGUGCUCGACAAAAAAACGGGCCCCUCUAUAUUGUGCAACGAGAGCCAUCCGGAGAAGGGGGCUUCGAGCUGUUGCUCGCACACAGACUAUUGCAAUGCUAAUAUCGUGUUCAAGUUUGUAUCUACCUAUGCAGAAUCACCCAGCAACUUCGUCUCCAACCUGCAGAUCGUUCUGAUCGUGCUAAUUCCCAUAUUGUUAAUAUGCCUUCUUGCCGCUCUGUACGUAUGCAGGUCAAUGCACGUGCGCAGAAGAGGUAUGCACCAUCAUUUGGGUCAUGGCGACGACAGCAUAGAAGCGCCUGAUCACCCUAUACUCAGCAAAAGUGUCAGCUUAAGACACUUGAUCGAGAUGACCACCAGCGGAAGUGGAUCAGGUUUGCCGCUGUUGGUGCAAAGAAGCAUCGCUCGACAAAUCCAAUUGGUCGAGACUAUCGGUCAGGGUAGAUUCGGAGAGGUUCAUAGGGGUAGAUGGAGGGGCGGAAAUGUUGCCGUUAAAAUAUUCAGCUCCCGAGAAGAAAGAUCUUGGUUUAGAGAGGCCGAAAUUUAUCAGACAGUCAUGUUGAGACACGACAACAUACUGGGAUUUAUCGCUGCUGACAACAAAGAUAAUGGAACUUGGACCCAGCUUUGGCUUAUCACUGACUAUCAUGAACAUGGUUCCUUAUUUGAUUUUUUGAGUAGAAAUACCGUUGAUACCUCAGGAAUGAUUCGCAUGGCCCUUUCCAUUGCCACUGGUCUAGCUCAUUUACACAUGGACAUUAUGGGUACCCAAGGAAAACCUGCAAUUGCUCACAGAGACCUUAAGUCGAAAAACAUUCUCGUCAAAUCUAACAUAACCUGCGCCAUUGGCGACCUGGGACUGGCCGUGAGACACGACGUCACCGACGACACGGUCGACAUACCUUUAAAAGAUCGCGUAGGCACUAAGAGAUACAUGGCACCUGAAGUUCUGGACGAAUCCAUGAACAUACACCACUUUGAUUCCUUUAAGCGUGCAGACGUUUACGCGUUAGGAUUAAUAUUCUGGGAAAUUUCAAGAAGAUGCAACGUCGGAGGUAUAUACGACGAAUAUCAGCUACCAUUUUAUGACGCUGUCGCUCCAGAUCCACCCAUUGAGGAAAUGAGAAGAGUGGUGUGUAUAGAAAAGAAGCGGCCUAACAUACCGAACAGAUGGCAGAGUUAUGACGCGUUGCAUAUGAUGACCAAGUUGAUGAAAGAAUGCUGGUAUCAUAAUGCAACAGCAAGACUAACUGCUCUCAGGAUUAAAAAGACACUGUCAAAUUUCAGAGCCUCUGAGGAAAUUAAGAUGUAA